AUGAUAAAUGUUAUAUCAGUUUUUGGAGACUUUCCGCAUACUUUAGCUUACUACAGUUUCACAAAUUUUGGAGUGGCAAAAAUUGAAGAAAUCAUCUGGAGAGGUACUGAAAUUGCAGCUCAGUUCUUUCCAAAUCGCAUGAACAAUUUAAAUGGAAUAACUUUGCCUGUUAUGUUAAGAGUCACGGAACCAACAUUGUUUGUUUUAAAAAUUGUCCAAGAUGAAUACGUUUUAGGUGGACCUGUGGGUCAUUUUUUUAGCAGUCUAGCAGAAAAGUAUAACGCCCGAUUAAACACAUCUUGCUUAAUACAUUCACAAUCGUCACAAGAAAUGUUCAAUUUAGUUUUGAAUAAAACCAUCGAAAUAUCAGCUUUUGGUACAGGUUUGAAAUUCCCAACGGAAUCAUUCUCGUAUCCAUGUUCUAUCACAGACUUAGGCCUCAUGCUUCCAAUUGAACCAAAUAUUGCUAUUUAUAAAGUUUUCACGAUGAUAUUUCACUGGGAAGUUGUACCCAUCAUAGUGGCAAUUGUAAUAGUUCUUUCAGCAUUAAUGGAAGCAGCUGAAUGCAUGGUAAGACGAAGCCCUGUUCUUUUGAAUUUCAUCUUUGAUUUCAACUGUUUUCGUGGAGUACUUGGACAAUCUUUUGUGGAAAGACCAUCGGCCAAUUGCAGCACCAAAAUCAUCUACUUACUUUUAUUUUUACUCGGAAACAUGAUAGUAACUUCAUACGAUGCUUUCCUUCAGGCUCUUAUGACCGAACCACCGAAGGAAACUUAUGUAAGAUCUUUUGAAGACCUCAUGGACUCAAACUUAAAAAUUUACGUUCGUGCUACGGAUUUGGAUUUUAUUUUUUACUAUAACCCAGGACUUAAACCUAUUUCAUCUAAAAUUUUCUAUAUCGAAAACAAUUCCGAAACGUUUGAAAGAAACCGCGACGCAUUCAAUACAAAAUAUGCAUUCACAGUUUCAAACACAAAAUGGGAAAUUUACGAAAACUUGCAAAACUUUCUCGGAAAACAAUUGUUUCGUUAUUCGAAAGAAAUGUCUUUCGUAAAUAACUUACCAUGGGGUUAUCCAAUUUAUGAAAAUUCAAUAUAUAGAAGUAUUUUAAAUCAUCACAUUUUGAGGGCGGAAUCAGCUGGAUUAUGGUAUUUUUGGAGAAAAAGAAUGUUCCAUGAAUUAAUCGAUAUUGGUGCAAUAAAAUUGAAUGAUUUCAAAUCAGAGGAAAGGCUGCGUCCAAUAAAAGUUGAAGAUCUUAAAUUAAUUUGGAAUGCGAUGAGUGGGGCUUUUGUGUUUAGCAGCUGUUGUUUUGUUGCUGAAAUUUUUAUUUUUAAAUGGAAUGAUCGAAGAAAAAGGAAACAGAAUUCUUCUAAUUUGUAA